UUAUAAAGGCCAGUCCAGCGGCGUCCGGUGGCUCAGUUCAGAGCUCAGCGAGCACCGGCAUGCCUGGACAGGGACCGGCACCAGCACACUGCUCUCCCAUGCUGGUGAUACUGGUGAUGCUCUCCUGGCUGCCUUCGGGAGGCGCCCUGUCUCUGGCCCAGGAGCACCUCCCCGCCUUUCCAGGACCCUCAGACCCGCACUCCAGUACCGACGUGUCCAGAAUCCAGGAGCUUCGGAAACGCUACGAGCACCUGCAGACCAAGCUGAGGCUGAACCAAGGCUGGGCCGAUUCAAACCCUGACCUCGUCCCUGCAACUCGAGUCCGGAUACUCACUCCAAAGCUGCGACUUGGGCCGCGAGGCCACCUGCACCUGCGCAUCGCCCGGGCCGACCUGACUGCGGGGCUCCCCGCAGCCUCCCGCCUACAUCGGGCGCUGCUCAGAUUGUCCCCGACGGAGCCGAGCUCGUGGGACGUGACGCGGCCGCUGCAGCGUCAGCUCAGUCGUGUAGGUUCCCGGACGCCCACACUACGCCUGCGACUGUUGCCUCGGUGGGACCGGUCGCGAGCGUUGCCUUCUGCACGUCCGCAGCUUGAGCUGCACUGGCGGCCACGCGCGGCCAGGGGGCGCCGCAACGCGCAUGCGCACGCCCGGGACGGUUGCCCCCUCGGGGAGGGGCGCUGCUGCCGCCUGCAAAGCCUGCGCGCGUCGCUCCAGGACCUGGGUUGGGCCAACUGGGUGGUGGCGCCCCGCGAGCUGGACGUGCGCAUGUGUGUAGGCGCGUGCCCAAGCCAGUUCCGGUCGGCUAACACGCACGCCCAGAUGCAGGCGCGCCUGCAUGGCCUGAACCCCGACGCCGCGCCUGCGCCGUGCUGCGUGCCCGCCAGCUAUGAGCCGGUGGUGCUCAUGCACCAAGACAGCGACGGGCGCGUGUCGCUGACGCCCUUCGACGACCUCGUGGCCAAGGACUGCCACUGCGUGUGAGCGCUCCCGGUCUUUCACUUACGGCUCGCGAGCAAUGGAGGUGACCCCAGAGACCCUGCCUGUCGAAUGGGCUUGUGGGGCCUGAGAUUCCCGACUUCCCACCACUGCUAUCUAUACUCCAUCCCGCCCAAACCUCUGUAUUUAUACGUUUGUAUUUAUUAUUAAUUUAUUGGGGUGAUCUUGGGGAUUGGAGGGUUGGGGAGGGCUGGUCUGACGGUGUGCCUUUAUUUAAAACUGUGGUAAUAAAAAUGAAGGUGUCUGACCUGAGCCCCUUGGUGUCCAGGAUGAAGCUGGUGACUCUGGGAAGAACCUUCCCUUCCCUGGCCCCAGUCUCACAGGGGACCUGGUAUCAGGGUGAGUGGAACUGUUCAGGGAAUGCGUGCUGGAGCGUUCUGGGAUGUCAGGCAAUCAGAUGGUGCUCAUGACACCGAUGCACCCAAUGACACCCUUCUCUCUGUUUCUGCUUCUCUAGCUCCCUGUUCUCUGUUUCUGAGACUUUCUGCGUGUCAGGCUCACCCAUAUCUCAUCUCUCAGUAUUCCUGUUUCUGUGCCUUGUCUCUAUCACUGCCCUGCUGUCUCUCCUUGCUUUGGAGUCAUCCUUCCAAACACAGGCAGCCCAGAUCAUGUCCAUCUGCCCCCAACCUAGAAGAGUUCCAUCACUUCUGUUUGUGGCACCUCCCUCCAUGUUAAUGGUACCUCUAUUUUUUGUAUAAAAAGAGCAAGGGUGGGGGCCAUGCCCUGUGCUGCUAAGGCAGCUGGGAGUUCCAGGGCUCCACCCAUGCUUAGUUUUCCCCAGCCCGCAAGUGACGGCAUGGUAGCCAUCCCCCACAGCGGCUCACUGGUGACCACCUGUGCCACUUGCGUUCCAUUUCCAGUAACAGUUCCUGCAGAAGUGCAGAGUGUCCCGGGGAAGCCAUCCCUCACUACCCUGGCUGACCCGGGUUACUGGUGGGCAAGCUUCUCUUUUGGGAAGUGCUGUUCAUGCUCCUGUUCAUGGCUACAGUGUUGGAGUCCCCAGGACCCUUGGGAUCUCUCUAGGACUCUAGCGGCAAGAUCACCUGUGACUUGACUCUGGAAGCUAUGAGGAAGCAGCUUGGUGGCCAGCCUGCAAAGCCAACACCCAGCCCCAGGCUGUGGCCAUCCCCAGCCAACCUGCCUCAGGAGGCACAAGGCUUAUCAGAGCUCUUUUCCCCUUUCUUCCCGUCCCCUCCCCCUAGACCAGGCAGGCUGCAGCAAGCAGAAGCAGUUGGGUUCUUUUAUACUGAAACAACAAAACACCAAAAAGGAAGUUGAGAGAACCCCACUCUUUACUAUCCAAGCUACAGGCAAGCUUUCCUGACACCCUGUAAUUGUGUGCCUUGCACCAAGUGGAAAAUAAACUCCAAGCAGCCAGUUAAAGAGAGAGAGGGGGAAAAAAAAAAAAACAACACAGGAGGAAAUAAAUACAUUGUGAAGAA